UUCCCUAUCAGCAGAACCCCUGCACCCCUGGGAGCAGCUCCAACGUCAUCCAGUGCUACCGCUGUGGGGACACCUGCAAGGGCGAGGUGGUACGCGUCCAGAGCAAUCAUUUCCACAUCCGCUGCUUCACCUGCCAAGUGUGCGGCUGCGACCUGGCCCAGUCAGGCUUCUUCUUUAAGAACCAGGAGUACAUCUGCACCCAUGACUAUCAGCAGCUCUACGGGACCCGCUGUGAUAGCUGUGGGGACUUUAUCACUGGAGAGGUCAUCUCGGCCCUGGGGAGAACCUACCACCCCAAGUGCUUCGUAUGCAGCACCUGCAGGAAGCCGUUCCCCAUUGGAGACAAGGUCACGUUCAGCGGGAAGGACUGCGUCUGCCAAAACUGCUCCCACUCUCUCAUCAGCACCAAGCCCAUCAAGAUCCACGGGCCCAGCUACUGUGCAGGCUGCAAGGAAGAGAUCAAACAAGGCCAAUCUCUCCUGGCCCUGGAGAAGCAGUGGCACGUCAGCUGCUUCAAGUGCCAAACAUGCGGGAUCAUCCUCACUGGCGAGUACAUCAGCAAGGAUGGCAUCCCGUACUGUGAGUCCGACUACCACGCCCAGUUUGGCAUCAAGUGCGAGACCUGCAACCGGUACAUCAGCGGCAGAGUCCUGGAGGCAGGAGGGAAGCAUUACCACCCCACCUGUGCCAGAUGUGUCCGCUGCCACCAGAUGUUCACGGAAGGAGAGGAGAUGUACCUCACAGGCUCUGAAGUGUGGCACCCGAUCUGCAAGCAGGCAGCCAGAGCAGAGAAGAAGCUAAAGCACAGAAGGACAUCAGAAACCUCCAUCUCACCACCCGGUUCCAGCAUUGGCUCCCCAAACCGCGUCAUCUGCGCUAAAGUGGAUAAUGAGAUCCUUAAUUACAAAGACCUGGCAGCUCUUCCCAAGAUUAAAGCCAUCUACGAAGUGCAGCGUCCUGACCUCAUUUCAUACGAGCCCUAUCACAGAUACACAUCGGAUGAGACGCUGGAGAGAUAUAGCUAUGGGGAGUCCCUGGGGACCCUCUCCCCGUACUCACAGGACAUCUAUGAGAGCUUUGACACACGGCAGAGGCGAGCCUCCAGCCCUGGGUACAUCGACUCGCCCACCUACAGCCGUCAGGGAAUGUCCCCCACCAUGCCGAGGUCCCCCCACCAUUUCUACCGCUCAGGCACCGAGAGUGGGCUCAGCUCCCCCUACUAUAGCCAGUUAGAUGUGAGGUCCUCCACUCCAACCUCAUACCAA